GAUAGAUCCUAUGGUCUGCAAUUGCUAACCUUGUUGUGAGCACUCUUUCCUGAAGGCCUUCGUUUCAAUCUAUCUCUUCUCAAGGUCCAAACGUUUCAACGAGAAAGCCGCCUAAUUAGGGUUUCCGAGCUCUUCUUCAACAAAGAUGGUUCUUCAGAACGAUAUUGAUCUGCUAAACCCGCCGGCCGAGCUUGAGAAGAAGAAGCACAAGCUCAAGCGUCUUGUCCAGUCCCCUAAUUCCUUCUUCAUGGAUGUCAAGUGCCAAGGUUGCUUCAACAUAACUACUGUAUUCAGCCAUUCUCAAACAGUAGUUGUUUGUGGAAACUGCCAGACAGUGCUUUGCCAGCCAACUGGAGGGAAGGCUAGGCUUACAGAGGGUUGCUCCUUCCGGCGUAAAGGAGACUGAGCUCAGGGUGAUCAGUUCUCUUCUUGCACUUGAUUUAAGUUAUUCAAAUUUAGCACUUUAAUGGAAGAAAUCUAUUAAAUGAAAAUUAUGAGUCCUGGGCUCCAGAGUUUUUCUUUUGCAAUUUUCUCUGUUCAAAAGAUGUUGAUUUGUUUCUUUGUCUCUGUAAGUUUCUCUAAUUCUUCUCAGAGAAAGAGAGAUUAAUCUGUUUUGUUUUGGUACACUGCGUAAAAUGAUUUUGUUGAACCUAUUUUUGUAUGAGCCCUUUCAAUUUGCUAAGUUCUCCUGAUUUUAUGGUUU